UUUUUUUAAUUAUUUACUUUAAAAAUGGGAAUAGCGAAGGAAAUUUCAAUGAAAUUUACUUUGAAUAAAGGAAUCAAACUCUAUGGGACAGAUAGGGACAGGUUUUGGUCUAGGUUCAUCUUCUUGCUGACUUUGUUGAUUCUUAACAUAAUAUUUGGGAUAAUCACAUAUGUGAUGAUUAAAGACUGUAAGACUGACUCAAGGUUUAUGAACCAUUUUAUAUAUCCUCAAGCUUCAAUGCAAAUUGCAUAUUGCUUCAUGCUUCUUGCAUCAUUGUUGUUCCCGAUGACAGAAAUGAGCCAUUAUUUUAAUUUAUUUCACCUUCUAGUCACUGGGCUUUCCAUGGUAUUUGUGCUUGCAGAUGGACAGACUCCAGCAACAGGGAUUCUUCAUAUUUUUGAAUUCAUUCUGAUUCUAAUUCUGGAACUUGCCUUUCUCUCGAUCAUUUACAUAGUAAAAGGACAAGAAAAUAUCAAAAAAUAUAUUGAAAAGGUGCAAAAAGAGAAGGAUAUUUAUAAAGGAUCAAACAUUGGGGAGCCUCCAAAAGUAAUUUUACAUCAAGAAGAACGAAAAGAGAUGUAUAACUCCCAAAACUGUACCCAUCAGGAUAUAGUCCCUGCCACUUUUGAAGUGGUAGCCCAGAAAUCUUCUAGAUAAUAUUAAUCAGUCAUUAGAUGUUCCACUUCUUUCAGG